GAGAUGGGAUUGCCAGGGAAAGUAGCCCAUUUAUUAACAGUGCAGAGUUGGACACAGGAAACAUGUAUGAAGGAAAGAAUAUGGCUCUCUUCGAGGAAGAAAUGGAUAGUAAUCCCAUGGUGUCAUCUCUUCUGAAUAAACUAGCAAACUACACUAAUCUGACUCAAGGUGUGGUGGAACAUGAAGCAGAUGAAGACAGCAAGCGAAAGGAAGUCAAGGUUCCACGAAUGGGCACUUUUAUUGGUGUGUAUCUUCCCUGUUUGCAAAACAUCUUGGGAGUCAUCCUUUUCCUACGUUUAACAUGGAUUGUAGGAACAGCUGGAGUUCUUGAGUCUUUCAUCAUCGUGUUCAUGUGUUGUGCUUGUACUAUGCUAACUGCAAUUUCAAUGAGUGCAAUAGCAACAAAUGGUGUAGUUCCAGCUGGAGGCUCUUACUACAUGAUUUCAAGAUCUUUAGGGCCAGAGUUUGGUGGAGCCGUUGGACUUUGUUUCUAUUUGGGCACAACCUUUGCAGGAGCAAUGUACAUUCUGGGUACCAUUGAAAUUUUAUUGACCUACAUUUCUCCAAGUGCUGCUAUAUUUAAAGCAGAAGAUGUUAGUGGUGAAGCAGAGGCUAUGCUGAACAACAUGAGAGUUUAUGGAACAUGUAUUAUCAUUCUGAUGGCCAUAGUAGUUUUUGUGGGAGUAAAGUAUGUCAACAAACUUGCACUGGUCUUCCUUGCCUGUGUGAUUCUUUCCAUCAUUGCCAUAUAUGCUGGAGUUAUUAAGACUGCUUUUGACCCUCCUGACUUUCCUAUCUGUCUCCUUGGAAACCGUACGUUGUCAAAACGCAACUUUGAGGUCUGUGCCAAAUUUACUGAAAGUAAUAAUGAAACAAAGACUACACCUUUGUGGCUCCUAUUCUGUGAUAGUUCUUUGCUUAAUGCUACGUGUGAUGACUACUUUAGUCUGAAUAAUGUAACAGAAAUUCAAGGGAUUCCAGGAAUAAUGAGUGGAGUUCUAUCUGAUAAUCUCUGGAGUACCUAUACAGAUAAAGGAUCAAUAGUCGAGAAAAAAGAUCAGCCAUCAGUUGCUGGAUCAGAAGAGACAAAAAUGGCUGGACUCCCUUAUGUUUUUACAGACAUCAUGACCUACUUCACAAUGCUUGUAGGGAUUUAUUUCCCAUCUGUGACAGGUAUUAUGGCAGGUUCAAACAGAUCUGGAGAUCUAAAGGAUGCUCAGAAAUCUAUUCCUACUGGAACAAUCUUGGCUAUUUCAACUACGUCUUUUAUUUAUCUCUCCUGUAUAGUGUUGUUCGGUGCAUGUAUAGAAGGUGUGAUAUUAAGAGAUAAGUUUGGAGAAGCAGUUAAUGGAAAUCUAGUGGUUGGUACGCUGGCCUGGCCUUCUCCAUGGGUUAUUGUGAUUGGUUCAUUCUUUUCAACAUGUGGUGCUGGUCUGCAGAGUCUCACUGGUGCACCCCGUCUGUUACAGGCCAUUGCAAGAGAUGGCAUUGUACCGUUUAUUCAAAUAUUUGGUCAUGGAAAAGCAAAUGGAGAACCAACUUGGGCUCUACUUCUCACUGCUGGUAUUUGUGAAAUAGGAAUUUUGAUAGCCUCAUUGGACAGUGUAGCACCAAUUCUUUCAAUGUUUUUCCUUAUGUGCUAUAUGUUUGUAAAUCUGGCUUGUGCAGUUCAGACGCUUUUACGGACUCCCAACUGGAGACCUCGUUUCAAGUAUUACCAUUGGACUCUUUCAUUCCUGGGGAUGAGUUUAUGUCUUGCCUUGAUGUUCAUUUGCUCUUGGUACUAUGCUUUGAUUGCCAUGCUAAUCGCAGGAUGUAUAUACAAAUACAUAGAAUAUAGAGGAGCGGAAAAAGAAUGGGGCGAUGGAAUCCGAGGUCUGUCCCUGAAUGCAGCUCGCUAUGCUUUGCUUCGUGUUGAAGAUGGUCCUCCUCACACCAAGAAUUGGAGGCCACAAGUUUUGGUCUUACUAAACUUGGAUAACGAGCAGUUAGUGAAACACCCAAGAUUGCUUUCUUUCACCUCUCAGUUGAAGGCUGGUAAAGGACUGACUAUUGUGGGCUCUGUGCUUGAGGGAGUCUACUUAGAUAAAUGUACAGAAACUCAUAAAGCUGAAGAGAAUGUUAAGGCCUUAAUGGGAGUAGAAAAGACUAAAGGAUUUUGCCAGAUUGUGGUGUCUCCUAACUUCAGAGAUGGAAUAUCCUACUUGAUUCAGUCAGCUGGUCUAGGAGGGAUGAAGCACAACACAGUCCUGAUGGCAUGGCCACAGUCAUGGAAGCAGACAGAAAAUCGUUUCUCAUGGAAAAAUUUUGUUGAUACUGUACGAGAAACAACAGCAGCUCAGCAAGCGCUUUUGGUGGCUAAAAACAUUGACUUAUUUCCAACAAAUCAAGAACGUUUUACUGAAGGAAACAUAGAUGUGUGGUGGAUUGUUCAUGAUGGUGGUAUGCUGAUGUUACUGCCUUUCCUCCUUCGACAGCACAAGGUUUGGAGAAAAUGUAAAAUGCGUAUCUUCACUGUCGCUCAAAUGGAUGAUAAUAGCAUUCAAAUGAAGAAGGAUCUUCAGAUGUUCUUAUACCAUCUUAGACUGAAUGCUGAAGUGGAGGUUGUUGAAAUGUUUGAAAAUGAUAUUUCUGCAUUCACGUAUGAGAAGACACUUAUGAUGGAACAGCGAUCUCAGAUGCUGAAGCAGAUGCAGCUAUCAAAGAAUGAAAGGGAAAGGGAGAUUCAGAGCAUCACUAAUGAGUCUCGAGGCUCAAUCAGAAGAAAAAGCUACUCCAGUCCACUGUCCAUUGGCCAAGAUGCCCAGGCACUGCUGCCUAAUGUUUAUCAAGAGGAGGAGGCCCAGCUGAUCCAUGAUCGAAACACUGCCUCGCGCUCUACUCCAGCAGUCAAAGCAAGUGUGGCUGCUGCUGUGCCAGAAAAAGUGCACAUGACCUGGACUAAAGAAAAGUUUAUAGCAGAAAAGCAUAAACACAAAGAUUCAAAUGUGUCUGGUUUUAAGGAUAUUUUCAACAUGAAGCCCGAAUGGGGAAAUCUGAAUCAGUCAAACGUGAGAAGAAUGCACACUGCUGUGAAGCUCAAUGGAGUAGUGCUUAAUAAAUCACAACAUGCUCAGCUAGUUCUCCUGAAUAUGCCUGGACCUCCUAAAAACAGAAAAGGAGAUGAAAACUACAUGGAGUUUCUGGAAGUUCUGACAGAAGGUCUGGAUAGAGUUCUUCUAGUCCGAGGCAGUGGACGUGAAGUGAUCACCAUUUAUUCUUGA